CAGUGCUCUGCCUCUGCCCUCAAGGAAUUGAGCAUGACACCCCUGCUCUACGUCACGUUUGUCACCUCGAGAGUAGCCUUUUCUGAUGACUGGAGCGUCAACGGAGGGCGACGUCACACGUCACGUGGUGAAGUUUGGGACUUGGCUCCACAACGUGACCUCAAUAGUUGCGUAGCGGGGGUGAUACACCGCCAUGUGGUCUGAUUGAUGUGUCAAAGCACAUCAUGAGCGCUCGACUUGUAAUCUUGCUCACCGCAAACUGAACGACGCUGAAACAGCUGGGCAAGUGGCCAUUUACAUUUUCAUUUCAUCCUUUUACAAUUUUCACGCCUUGCUGCCUUGUUGUUGUCAUAUGAAACAAAGCGCAAUGCACACCUGUCAGAGAAGAUAAUAACGACCAGCAAACGGGAGGUUGGCCACUGUUUAAUAGAAGAGCCAGUUUUAAAUGAUCGGACCGAUUUGGUGUGAGUUAUCACCUGGAAUUCUUCAUCAAAACUGGGAUCUAUGAGCGGGAAAGCAUUACUAAAGACGAAAGAAGAUAAGGAUGCAACCAAGGUAUACACUGUUCAAGAUGGCAAGGAGUACAUUCUAUUGCGGACGGAGUCAACUCAAUCUCUUGCUGUAGAUAAGAAAGGAAACUCAGCCUUUCAUAGUAAAUGUCAGGAGCUCUUUUGCUGUCCAUUCUGGAAACUCUUCGCUCUAAAGAAAAAAGAAAAUACCGAAGAGCCUCAGCUCAAGGGGAUAGUCACCAAGCUCUACAGUCGACAAGGCUUUCAUCUACAACUCCAAGCUGAUGGGACCAUCGAUGGUACAAAAGAGGAAGAUAAUAGCUAUGCUAUUUUCAACCUCAUCCCUGUUGGGCUCCGGGUGGUGGCUAUACAGGGUGUCCAGACCAAGCUCUACCUGGCCAUGAACAAUGAAGGCUUCCUGUACACCUCUGAGCACUUCACACCAGAGUGCAAAUUCAAAGAGUCUGUGUUUGAGAACUAUUACGUGACAUACUCGUCAAUGAUCUAUCGGCAGCAGCAGUCGGGCCGAGGCUGGUUCCUGGGUCUCAACAAAGAGGGUCAAAUCAUGAAGGGCAACCAUGUAAAGAAGACCAAGCCGGCUGCACACUUCAUCCCCAAACCUCUUAAAGUUGCCAUGUACAGGGAGCCGUCGCUCCAUGACCUGACCGAGUUCUCCCGCUCCGGAAGUGGCACUCCAACCAAGAGCCGCAGCGCGUCGGCCAUGCUCAACGGUGGCAAGACUCUGAGCCAGAACGAGUCAACAUAACCGCAGGGCACAACUGCGGUCUGCUGCUGUACAGCUGCUGGACUCAACCAUCAACUAAACAGCACAAACGCGUUUACAAGAGUGCAGUGAAAGCCUUAGCUGGUCCUAGCUAGUGUUUCCUGAAAUCACUGUGAUGAGAACACAAGUGCAAACCUACAUCGUACAAUCUUCUGCAGGUCAACCUCGUGAGACAAACAAACCAAGCCAUCUUUCUGAAGUAGGGGUCUGCGGGUGAUUCCCGUUUCCAUGUGUAGCAUACAGGAGCUGUGGUUUUCUUCUGUGGCGUUGUCACAGAAUCUUCUAGAACACCUACUUUUGUGUUUUGCUCCAUUUCUUCCUAGGGACACCAACUCCAUAGUGCUAAGUCAACUACAACAUGACAAUAGCAGCUUGUGCGAACCAUUUAUCAGUAUAUAGAGACAGAUCCCAAAGGUUUUUGGACAUAUGAUACAAGUAUUUCAGCUCAGCUUUUUUGAUGCAGCGGUUCAUUGUUGUGUGCUUUUUAGAUGAGGCGUUUUGCUCCUCGCUUCUCUUUUUCUGUCUUUUCAGCUUCCUCCCCACACGUUGUUAUUCUGCAAAUUAAACAGAUUUAGGGUUCGGUCUGUCUGCACACCAAAGAUGUCAUUAGUCUCUUUGUAUGGAGGUAAGUCAAUUUGUGUAAUUUCAGCUCCCCUCAGAUGGUGGAGAAAACCGCAAGAGUGAAUGUUAUUUAGUCAGAGGAAAUGUGUUCAGGAUAGAAGAAGGCUACUCGCUGUGCAUCCCAGCUUUUUGUCUGUUUAUGACUUCCUUUACUUCCCCUCUAAUUCUGGAACCCAGCGUCUUCGAGAAAUGUAAAAUCAAAAAAUGUUUUAAAUUAUUGGUUAAUGCCAAGACCCCCCCCCCUUUUGGUAAAGAAAAGUGUAUUGAAAACCAAGCAAGAGAAAGCUUGCAUUGCAUUUACAGGGAUAAAUCAGCAUAAUUAAAUAACUUGUGUGUGAAAAUUAAUUCUAAUGGUUCUUCUUUCUAGUCCUCGGUGGUCAGGCAGCAACCCCUGUUUAUAAUUUUGAACAAAAUCCUCUUCUGUUGUAUGUUUGUAUGUAUGAAGUAUAUGUAAUGCAUGGGGCACAAUGGACGCUGCAUGUUAUGUGGCUAUGUACAGUAUAUUACCUACAAUAUGGAAUCAUGUGCUCAAAUGGAUACUGGAGUAAAAUACAAAUGUGUGUAUAUAUAUAUAUGCAUUUUAUCCUGCUACCCGCCUGUUUAUUAUAUGUUGUAAAUUUAAGAAGCAGCACUGAAUAAAAUGUUUUGUAUGUUCAGAGUGCUCAUGAUGAUUGAUUAUGUGGUGUUAAGCCACUUUCGCUUUCAAUGCACUUGUUAACCCUUCAUCAAAACAGAGUCAUUGUAUGUUGUAAGUGACAGCACUGCUUUAAAAUACAAACUUAAACUUUUACUAAU